AUGGCUAUGGAUAGGACAGUGUUUGAAGCUGCAGCUUCAGGGGACAAAAGCCUUAUUCAGAGACUGCAGCAACAUGGUGUUGAUCCUCACCAAAGUAACACCUCAGAUGAACAUAAUUCUUCAAAUUGCCCGAAAAUUGGGAGUGAAGAGAUGGUUAAGCUUCUCAUUGGUGGUUUGGAGGACAUUGAAAGCCACCAAGCUGAUACUAUAAGGAUGAAAAACUUGAAAGAGAAAGACACAGCUUUACAUGUUGCAAUUAAAAAUGGUAACUUUGGUGUAGCAAAACUGCUAAUGGAAAAUGAUCCAGGAUUGUUGGAGUUGGUGAAUAAUGCUAAUGAAUCUCCACUUUUUCUUGCUGUGGAGGGAGGUUUUCUCGAUAUUACACAACAUAUUUUACGACAGUUUCCUUCAGCUCUAUGCUGCAGCUCCAAUGGCAUGAAUGUUUUGCAUGCAGCCGUUAUUCGAGCCCAUCAUGGCGUGUCUGCUUUGCUUAUUGCUGGAAGACAAGGCCAUGUCAAUGCAAUGGCAGAAAUUAUUGGUCACAAUCCGGAUGCUUGUGACUUGGUUGAUAACAGAGGAUGGACUCCUCUUCAUGCUGCCAUUGCAAAUGAAAGGCUCAAUGUAGUCAGGUAUAUACUAAAGAAGCCAAUGCUUGAGAACCUCAUCAAUGCAGUGGAUAAUGAAGGGAAUACACCUCUGAAUGUGGCUGCUAGAAGGGACAAGUACAGCAUCAUAACAAUCCUUGUGAAUGAUCUUAGAGUUCAAAAGAAGGCUCAAAAUCUCAACUUCCAAAAACCCAUUGACUUUAUUCGAACGAAUCCAAAUAUUGAAGAACUUUGUAAGUCUAUGAUUGCAAAGAAGUUGGAUAGCCAAGAAGGCCGACCUAGUCUGCGAUCACUUGUCCAUGGAAUGGACAUUCAUGAGAGAGAAGUUGAAGGUUUUACAAUGCCUGGAGGGUACGAACAAGACCAAUCAUCUACAAAAGGCCUGGCAAUGUUAUCUAACAAGACAUCUUUCAAGGUGUUUGUAAUAGCAGAUUCAAUAGCUUUCUACUGCUCCUCUACCUCCGUUUUCAUACAAUUCUGUGGUUCCUUGGAGCAUAACUAUCAUCUGCUUUUGCGUUUUACAAGAGUUGCAGCAACUCUCUCUUAUAUUUCUAGUCUUGGGAUGAUGUGA